AAUGCUCUUGGGAAGGCUGAAUCUGAUCCUCUUGUUUUUGAUCCCAUUGAGAUUGUUAAACCUCUGUCUCCACACAACUUAUCAGUCAAGUCAAGAAUACUGCCUACUGUUCUGAAGCUUUCCUGGGAGAACCGGAUUUCAGCAGCUGUGAUGAAACUGAAAUUCAAUAUUCGCUAUAGGAUCAUUGGUGAAACAAAUUGGAUGAAGGUUCCUCCUGAAGAUACAGCUUCACCAAGAACUUCAUUCAGUGUUCAACGACUCAGGCCCUACACAGAGUAUGUCUUUUCAAUUCGUUGCAUGAAGGAAGAUGGAGUGGGCUACUGGAGUGACUGGAGUGAAGAGAAAACUGGGGCCACCACUGAAGAUAAACCAUCUAAAGGACCACCCAUAUGGAGGAUCAUUGAUGCAUCUCGCUCGCCAGCUUCCUGGACUGUGCAUCUGAUGUGGAAGGUUGCUGUGUCUAGUUGGCUGAUUAGUCCAAAGCUGAGAAAUUUAAUCUUGCAGUAUGAAGUGACUGUCAGAGCUAAAUCAUCUCUCUCUAGUCCACCAGAGAAAUGCAAUGUUAAUACUACCAACCUUACACUAAAGCUGCCAAAUGGAACUUAUGAAAUUACUGUGAUUGCCCAUAACAGAGUCGGGGCAUCCCCUCCGUCGAUUUUACUUAUCCCAACAAGUAAUUCAGAAGCUGCUGUGAAGAAUAUUAGAACACUACCUAAAGAUGGCAAGUUGUGGGUAGGGUGGACUGCUCCUAACAAUUAUGUUCUUAAAUAUGUGAUCGAAUGGUGUCUGGUGUCCAACAGCUCAGACUGCAUCAUAGAAUGGCAGAACGAACCAGGGAAUGUUCAAGGAACAUACUUAAAAGGUGAUAUAAAGCCGUUCAAGUGUUACUUGAUAACUGUAUACCCUCUAUAUGCUGAUGGUCCUUCAAAAGGACCAACUGUUCAGACAAAAAAAGUAGGAAAAGCUGAAGCUGUUUUGACAUGGAACCAUCUCACAGUGGAUGAGCAAAAUGGAUUUAUCAGAAGUUACACAAUAUUUUACAAAACUGUCAAUGGAAAUGAAACAACUGUGACAGUGGAUUCUUCCAAGACAGAAUACACCCUUUCUUCUCUAACCAGUGACACACUGUAUACUGUGUGGAUGAUGGCAUACACAGAUGAAGGAGGCAGGAGUGGUCCUGAUUUUACAUUUACUACACAAAAAUUUGGGAAAGGAGAAAUUGAAGCCAUAGUUGUACCUGUGUGUCUAGUGUUCCUGUUGAUUGUACUCCUUGGAGUUUUGUUUUGCUUCAACAAAUGUGACUUAAUUAAAAAGCAUAUCUGGCCUAAUGUCCCUGAUCCAUCCAAGAGUAACAUUGCUAAGUGGUCUCCUCAAGUUCCAGCUAAGCAUAACUUUAGUUCCAAAGAUCAGAUGUACCAAGAAGGCGGCUUUACAGAUGUAAGCAUUAUAGAAAUAGAAGCUGAUGACAAAAAGUCUUUUUCAGAACAAGACCUGAAACCCUUUGACUUGCUUAAAAAGGAAAAAAGUACUUCAGAAGGGCACAGCAGUGGUAUUGGAGGAUCCUCGUGCAUGUCUUCUAGGCAAAGCGUCUCUGACAGCGACGAAGGUGAAACUACACAAAGCACUUCAAGCACUGUACAGUAUUCAACUGUAGUAUUUAAUGGCUAUAGAGAUCAAACACCUGUACAAGUCUUUUCAAGGUCUGAGUCAACUCAGCCACUGCUAGAUUCAGAAGAGAGAUCAGAGGAUCACGCUGGAGGGAGUGACAGUACAACACAGAGGCAGCAGUAUUUCAAACAAAAUUGUGGUCAGGAUGAAACCAACACAGACAGACUGUGCUUCGAAAGAGCAAAGCAAAUUACUCCUGCUAAUGAGGGGGAUCUUGUUGGAUUUGCACAACUGCAGAUCUCAGGUCCGAGUUCACAGCCUUUGGGCCUUGGGCUGGAAAAAAAUACCCAGGAAGCUGCUCUAUCAGAUGUUUUACAGACAAGUAUUGAAGGACAAACUGUGAGACCUGAAACAGUGGAAGGAAAUCCACUGUCAGUUGAUGAAAUGCCAAAAAGUUAA